UAAGUGUAAUCAAUUAAUAUUCGUUAAAAUGACUGAUAAUUCAUUAUUAGAUUUAUCAGACCAAGAAUUACGGAAGUUGCCAAAAAAUGAAAAUAGUCAUACCAUUAAAGUACUAAAUGUAAGCAAAAAUUGUUUGCAAAAGCUGGAAAAUGUAGAAAACUUUACUGAGCUUACUGAAUUAAUCGCCAGCCAUAAUCAAAUGAUGAGAAUGUAUACAGUCGCAAAAUUGUCAAAAAUAGUUAAAUUGGAUUUAUCAAAUAAUCAUUUGAUGAGUAUUGAAGGACUCAGAGAUUUAAUAAAUCUAACAUGGCUUGAUUUGUCUCAUAACAAAAUCAAAAUUAUUGAACAUUUAUCAACGAACAUUAAUUUAGUGCAUUUGGACUUAUCUUUCAAUAGUAUAUCGUAUAUAACAAAUUUAAGUCAUCUUUUAAGACUUGAAAGAUUGUUUUUGCAUUCAAAUCAUAUUUGUCAUUUAACAAACUGUCAACAUUUCCUUCCAGUCAGCUUGCUCAUUCUAACUUUAGCUAAUAACAAUCUUAAUGAUUUAAAUGAAAUAUCUCAACUUUGCCGUCUUGGUUCUUUAAGAGAAAUCACUUUAACUGGGAAUAGUUGUUUAGAAGGGUACACAUUUAACUAUAGACCAUUCAUUGUUAAUUGGUGCUCUAGUGUAAAAAUAGUUGAUGGAUAUGCUGUGGAUGAUAUAGAAAAUUUAAAGGCUGAAUGGUUGUAUAGCCAAGGUCAAGGACGAAAAUUUCAUACUGGUCAACAUACUGCUCUUGUUCGUUAUUUAACAGAAACUUGUCCUAUUACUAGUCAUGCUUUAGAGACUGAGCAAGAAAGAAAAUUGAGAUUAGUGUUGAGCAAAGCUCAACAAUAUAGAGAACAAUUGCACAGGACAAGCAUUCCAAAUACUAAAGACUCUGGACAAGAAUCAUUAAUGACCAGGAGUCUAGAUCCUAGUGUUCUAAAAUCAACUACUCAAAGAUUAUCUAUGGGAUCAGAAAGCUGCCAAGUAACACCCAAUAGUAUGUCUCGUAGCAUUCAUUUGCCAGUGACUGAAGUCAAUAGUCUUGUUCAAUCCCCACCACUACCAGCUGCAAGUACUAUGUUGCCGAUAUUGGAUUCUUUACCGAGCCCAUUGACACCAAGUAUACCAAAAUCCAGACCUAUAAUUGGUCUCCAAACGCCUGCAGGAGAAGAAUCUCGUGCACCAACUAUGGACAAAUUGCAAAUGAUCAAGAAUAAAGCAUCAAAAAUGAAUGGCAACGAAAAUAAAAAUUCACACCAGUCUGCUAUUGUAAUACAAAAAAUGUGGAGAGGAUAUCGAACUAGGAAUUUAAACAAAAAUGUUACCAAUGUAUACCAACAUGUACAGAUGUUGCGUUUCAAUCAAUACAUAAAACAAAUGAGUAAAGAUUUAGUAGAUACCAAAAGUACUCUGGAAAAAGAACAUAAAUUAGUUGUGUUACAAAUGCAAGCAAUCAAUGAGCUGUGGAAAAAGGUUAAUAGUAUGGAUAACCAAAAAAAUGGUGAUAAUAAAGAAGAUUCAAAGUGUUUAACAUGCUCUUCAUUAGAUAUUAAGGUCCAGCAGUUGCAACAGUCCAUGGACCAAGUAUUGCGAUGUGUUAGCCCUUCUUUACAGAGCGUAGCCGAAACUCAAACAGACAUCACUGCCAUACAGACUGCUGAUGAAUGUUAUCCAAAUUCCAAUGCAAUUGUACGGCCCAAUUUUCUGCCACUGUCCAAACCCUGUACUAAUCAAAUGGCUAAAACUAUUAAUGCAACUACUACAUCUUCAGACAUAUAAAUUAUUAUUUUCCAAAAGCAAAACUACCCAAAUAUUGAUGGAAGUAUUUUUUUACAGUUUUAUUAUCAUUACAGCAUUGAUCUAGUCAAGUAAAUUUAACCACAUAUUCUUUUCUUUUAUACUUUUAUUUUG